AUGGGCGGGGCGUCCUCCCCACCCGGACCCUCCCCCUUGUCUUCCCCAGCGCUGGUCCUGCGUGUGGGCGGGGAGAUCACCAUCACUCCUCAGCCUGCCCAGCCGGCUGAGGGGGACAACCUCACGCUGGAGGUCCAAGGUCUCUCCGGGGAAUUGCUGGCCUAUAACUGGUACGCAGGCCCCACGCUCAGCCUGGCCUACCUGGUGGCCAGCUACAUCGUCAGCACGGGCGAUGAGACCCCCGGCCCUGCGCAUACGGGCCGGGAGGCGGUGCGCCCCGACGGUGGCCUGGAUAUCCACGGCGCGCUGCCCGGCCACUCGGGGACCUACAUCCUGCAGACCCUCAACAGGCAGUUUCAGACCGAGGUGGGCUACGGACACGUGCAGGUCUAUGAGAUCCUGGCCCAGCCUGUGGUGACUGCCAACCACAGCAUGGCACUGGUGGAACACCGAGACACGCUGCGCCUGCAGUGUGGCAGCCCCAGCCCCGCCGAGGUCCGCUGGUUCUUCAACGGCGAGGCCCUGCCCAUCACCGCCCGCCUCGGGCUCUCCCCAGACGGCCGGACGCUCACCCGAGCCGGCGUCCGCAGGGAGGAGGCGGGGGCCUACCAAUGUGAGGUGUGGAACCCGGUCAGCAUCAGCCGAAGCGAGCCAGCCAACCUGACCGUGUACUAUGGCCCGGAGCGUGUGGCCAUACUCCAGGAUUCCAUCACCCGCACAGGCUGCACCCUCAAAGUGGACUUCAACACGUCCCUCACCCUGUGGUGUGUGUCCCGGUCCUGCCCUGAGCCCGAGUACCUGUGGGCCGUCAACGGGCGAGCCCUGAAGAACGGCCAAGACCACCUGAACAUCACCAGCAUGACCGCCGCCCAGGAGGGCACGUACACAUGCAUUGUGAAGAACUCUAAGACCCUGCUCUCCGGCUCUGCCUCGGUGGUGGUCAAGCUGUCUGCGGCUGCGGUUGCCAUGACCAUCGUGCCAGUACCCACCAAGCCCACGGAGGGCCAGGACGUGACCCUGACUGUGCAAGGCUACCCCAAGGACCUGCUGGUCUACGCCUGGUACCGCGGGCCCGCCUCCGAGCCCAACCGGCUGCUCAGCCAGCUGCCCUCCGGGAACUGGAUCGCGGGCCCCGCGCACACGGGCCGCGAGGUGGGCUUUGCCAACUGCUCGCUGCUGGUGCAGAAGCUGAACCUCACCGACGCGGGGCGCUACACGCUGAAGACGGUCACCCUGCAGGGCAAGACUGAGACGCUGGAGGUGGAGCUACAGGUGGCCCCCCUGGAGUAGUCUCAUGGCCCUGGAGAACACCUGUGAGAAGAACCACUCCGCGUCCCAGCCUCCCUGCUGCAGCGAGGAUGUCCCACCAGGAUCCCGGUGUCCUCCUGUUUCCACCCUAGAGUUGGAGCCCUCGGGGCCGACUCCUCCCCUGAGCUGUGCGAGAGCCACGCAGGCCAUAAACGUGCAGGUUAAUGCA